AUGGAAAAUUAGAUACAAUCUCAUUAAUAACUUAAUUAGUAACCAAAUUAAAAUAAAUUUAUAGGCAAAAAAAUUGAAAAUACCUUAAGUUUUAACAUAUCUUCAUAAAUUCAGAGCAGUUAGUCAGCGUAAAAUGAUUAAAAAUAAAACCCUUUUCAAAAUAAUUUUAGUAAAUUAGGCUAAGCAGUUCCAUUGAGCUACGCAUUACCAUAGAAGAAAAUACCAUCAAAGUUAUAACAGACAAAUGCUGCAUAACUUGCGUAGGGUUAAUCUGAAAAAUCAAAAUCUAAAUAAAAAACAGCAUUAAUGAAUGGAAACGGAGUUAUAUAAUAAAAUUCACAACAAAACUUAAAAAACCUAAUAUAGUAAUAGCAAAAGUCAAGGAAUGAAAGUUAAGAUUAAUAAAAUGAAUGCCAAUUUUAAAAUCAAAAUUAUUUGAGUCUAAAAGAAAGGAGAUAGUAGAAAAAACUCGAAUAAAUACAGUAAGAAACUGCAAUCGUUAAGAAAGAUAUUUCCAUGAUUUAGCCUGUAACUAAUGUUUCUAAUUUUUCCAGUGAUUGCGAAGAAUUUGUUGAUAUAAUGAUGCCAAAGAAAAAUCGCUUUUAGAGUUAACAAGGUUUUUAAAACUAGCUAAUAGUCCAGCAAGCUCCAGUAUAGCUAAACCAAAAUAAUGAAUAAAAUAAUUAAGAAAAAGAUCAAAAAAACAAAGGCGAUAUAGAUGAUCUGAUUAGAAAGAGCAACAUUCGUUAUAAAACUGAAAAGGAAAUUUAAGAAAUUUAGAAACAGUAGAAAUAAGUUGAAAUGCAAAAGUUGAAGGAGAAGCUCAAAAAGCAAGAAGAAGAAAUAAGAAAGAGAAACUAAUAAAAAACACAACAGUUCAAAGAAAAAAAGAAACGCAAAGAGAAAGAUUAACAAUAAUAAAAGCAAGAAUAGCUUUUACAACAGCAAGAUAAGCUUAAAAGAAGAAAAAGUGUCUCUAAAUAAACUAGCUAAUCUUAGUCAACUCACUAAACAUCAAGACAGAAUGUAUCAUAGCAAAAUACUAGUAGGGAUAUUUAAAAACCAGAAAUAUCAAAAGAAUAAUUUGAUCAAGCUACACGUAAUCGUGUAAAAGAGUUGAUGAAAAAACAAAAAGAAGAAAAAGAGAAGUAAGAUGAGGAAAAAGAAAAAAAGAGGCUUAAACUAGAGAUACUUAGGUAAGAAUAACUAAUAUAGCUCUAAAAAGCAAAAAUUAAAACUAUAGAGUAGGAAGAAGAAGAGAGAAAAGCUAUGUAAAUUAAGAGACCUGGAGGAGGAGGCUUAAUUUUAUAAAAUUAAUAAAAAAGGGACUCUCGUUAAUCUCUUCAUUAAAAAGCAUCAUAUGAAUAAAUUUAAAACUAACCUGAUGAAAGCGAAGAAGAACUAGAAUAAGCAGACUUAUAAUAAGAAUCAUUGAAUUAAUCAGAUCUAUAAUAAGAGUAGAGAGAAAGAUCUCUUAAAUAAAAAAAACAGCAACAAAAAACUACACCUUCUAAAACUAAUAAGUAAAAGGUUAACUCUAAUAACUAAAAGACUGCAAAAAGUAACAUCUAACCUAUGUAAGAUUUGGUUUCAGAGAGCUUUUUAAGAGAAAAUAUAAGAGCCUCAAUUAAAUAGCUUUAUCCUGAAUGCUCAAUCGAAGAGCUUAUUUAGCUAGAAGAAGAGUAUAAAAAAGAAUUCUUUAAGUAAACUUAAAAAUCUAAAUAAUUAAGCAGUUAAAAAUAACACAAAAGUAGAAACUCAGCAAUCAAUCGUCCAAAAUCUUCUAAUGGCUAGAAAAAAAGCAAUAUUAGUAAUAAUAUCAAUAACCUCCAAAAGUAAAAACAAUAAAUAGUAAAAUAAAAUUAGUCAGAAUUAAAUAAGAUUUUAGAAUUGAAAAAAUUUGAAGAUUUUGAUGUUGAAUCUGUCCAAAACCCUAUAGAAAUGAUAAAUCAAUUAAAAGAUUUGGCUAAUCAAAUAUAGCAGGAUAUUGAUUAAAAUGAUUAGAAAUAUGGAGUUGGUAAAUACAAGCACUCUAAAUAAAAAAAAGGCUAAGAAAUUUAAAACAAAGAUAAUAAUUAACAAAACUAAAGUGAAUAAAUGAAAGAAGAAAUUAAAAAAUUAGAAAAAGAAGCAUAUCUUAAGUAGCUUUAUCUUAAUGCCCAAAAUACCUUUACUCCAUAAGAAAUGUAGGAUUUUGAACUUUACUUAUAAGCUCAUUUAGUUGAUGGAGAAAUAGUUCUUACUUCAGAUGAAGAAGAUCAAAGCGAAAGUGAAGAUGAUGAUGAUAAAAACUAAUCUUAAAAUGAAGAAGAUGAUUAUGAUGAAAAUAACAGUCAAAGGUAAGGUGAUGAUGAUGAAGAUGUUGAUAAUGAUUAUAGUGACAAAGAACAAGAGAGCCAAAGUGAUAAAAGUGAAAAUGAAAUUUAAAGUGAUAAAAAGUAAUAACUAAAGUAAUAAAAAUAAAAGCAAGCCUACUAAUAAUAGGGCUAUGAGAAGAUAACUAACAAUUAAAAAGACAAGAAUAAAAAUUCAAUAAAAAACUAAAUUGGAAAUAUGAAGCAUUCUAAAUCUGUCUAAGAAAAUAUUAACACUAAUGCUUCAAAUAAAAGAGGAAGAUCCUAAGACCCAAAAGCUCCAAAAAGCUGUUUAGUAAAAGAAUAAAAGUAAAAAAGAAGUAAGACUGUGACAUUUGACUAAGAAUUCGUAAAAUCGGAAUAAAAAACAUACUUGUAAACUUCUCCGUCAAUUAAACAAUAAAAGGAAAAAUAUGAUUUCAAUGAAUUUGAUGAUUUUAAUGAUAGAGAUAUUUUGGGAACUGCAUCAAUGGCAGCAUAAUACAUUGCAGAAAAUGAAAGAGAUAAAGAGAAUAAUUCUUAAAAUAUCAAUAAUUAAUAAAUGAUAAACUAAAGAAAUAUUUUAUAAUAAAAAAAUGAAGAAGAUUAGUAAAAAAAAUUUGAAAAAAAAAUAAAUGAUGUCAAAGAAAUAAUAUAGCAAUAUAGUGGUGAUAAAAAAGGAUCACUAGAUAUGUUGUUACCAGUGAGUAGCUUAGAAAGCAGUAAUAGUUCUAAUCUUCGCUUAAGCCAUUUAAAAACCCAAAAUAUACCUUCUUAAUUUUAGCAAAAUGAAACUCCUAAAACCAUGAAUUAAUAUGGAUUAAAAGUUCAAUAAAACUUAAAAAAUAAUGCAAAUUAAAUUAAAAUAAUUAAUUAAAAUAACUAAAAAAAUAACAAAAAUGAUUAAGUUUAAAUAGUUUAGUAAUAAAAUAUUGUUCCGUCUAUGAAAAAUAGCAACAAAAAUAUACAUCCAUUAGAUACAAAUAUGAUAAAUCAACCUGAUUAAGUACAAAAGAAAAAAAUUGAUGAUUCUAAAAAGUAAGAUCAACCAAGUCCCAUAUAAAUUACUUAAUCAAGCCCUUAAGUAUUAUCAAAUAUUCCAACUGAAUUUGAGAGUGAAUUUUUAAAUUUUAAUGAAUAAUUUGACAUAGAUUAAUUUAAAAAUUAAUUAUCAUAAGACGAUUUAAAAUAAAUAAUUCAUGUUAAUAAUUUAGAUUUAAAAAAAUUCUUCACAAACGAGAAAUUAAAUUCAUUUCAAAAGGCACCAAAUUAAGGUUUAACUGAUACUCUAAAUUCUGUUUAAUAUUAGAAUUACUAUAAUAUGAUGGAAGAUGAAGCAGAUGAAGGUUUAUUUGAUGAGGAAUCUCCAAAAAAUGGAAAAAAAGUACAAUAUGAAGAUGUUUAAUCAAGCUAAUAGGCAUUUAAUUAUUAUGAAAAAAACAAAGCAUUACUUUAAUCAAACGAGAAACAUAACAAUUAGAAAUAUAACAAUUUUAUAAAUACUUAAGACACUUCAAAUAUUUAGAAUAAAAAAUUAAAUUUAAUAGAAUAUAAUUCAAACUAAUCUGAUUUUAAUAAAGAAUUGUUUGAUGAUGAUAAAUUAUUUGCCCUAUCAGCUACAGAUUUAUUAAAAUUAGCUGAAACAAAUACAAAAUUAAAUAAAUGA